GAAGGAGUUGAAACACCCCCUUUGCGUGUAUGACUUUUUUCUUUUUUCUUUAUUAUUUAUUUUUUUUUUUUUUGGAUCUCCUUUUCGUAUUUCCCCCCACCUUGUUUGUUUCUUUUUCCAGGAAUUGUAUCACCCGCGGCUUGUCCUGUGUGACCCGGAGCUUUUGAAACGCAUAAUGAAUUCCGCGCCUUGCCAAGUUUCUUUUCCUCUCCUUGUUUUUUCUCCAGGUUUCUUCAUUGCCCACCACCAUUCGCUCUCUACGUCUAUCUCUCCUCUACGGUAUCAUCCACCUCAACCUGUCGUGUACCACUUCUUUUCUUUUCGUUUUCUUUUCUUUUCUCCCCCUCGUCUUUCAUCCUGCCAAACACGGCAUGCGCAUCUGCUGACAACACCACACAUCAUAUCAUAUCAUAUCAUAUAUCAUACUAAAUUAUACAUCAUUGCAUGGGUUUUGGAUGUGAAGCCCCGUUCCCUCUGUCUCUGCCUCCCGAUCUUCUCUUUUGUGUACACAGAUUUCCCUUCUAGGGAUGAUUCUUGGAAUGCAUAUAUUAUCAUAAUCUUUUACUCUACUGUACUAUAUACACUUUAGACUUGUUUAUUUUCUAAUUAGACUCCGGAGUAGAUAGAUCUAUUUAGAAGAGAAGGCGGAAAGAAAUAAAGAAAAAAAAGUCUAGACUAAGAAUAAAGUGACAAAUGAAGUGGAGAAAGUUCUUAGACAGUCUGGACUCUAGAGUGGACAA